AUGGCCUCGCUUUUGCCGGACCUCGGCAAGCACCAGACAACACCUCUGACACUAUCGAACACCCAGACCAUGCCAACCCCUAUGGCCACCCCGAAACCCCGAAACACCGUCAUCGUUCACCGCAACGGCGUCCCCACUGCCAUCCAGGCAACCAUUCCUGCCAUCCCAACCCUUGGGAAAUGCCACUCACACCCAACCUCUCCUGCGGCCACCGGCUCGUCCUCCAAGCAAGCCAGUUCCCCCGCAGACUACGCACCGCCACAUGAGUACACCCCAUCCACACGCCCUGCUCCGUCUGCUGUACAGCCCACGACCGCUCCUGCAUCAGCUCCUGAACCCGCAUGUCCCACACCAGCGGCACCACCACCAAACAUGACGCCCCCCCACGUCACGCUCUGGACCAACACAUACCUUUCCCACGCUCACUACCCCAGCUCCAGUCACGACACACCACCCUGCUCCUUAGUCCCCACCCAUCGGGAUAUCCCACUCCACAACCCCGUCCCAUCACCGUCAUCUCCCCCCGUUGGCCAAAGCCGGACCACGCCAACUGAUACACACAUACUGGGCACACACCGCCCGACAUCCUCAAAAAUGCAGCAUCCCGAAUCCAACCCCACCGAGCAGGGAGUAGCCGACCAUACUAUCGAUGACGACGACCAGGAGGAGUAUGACGCCAACACAGCCCUCCAGUUUCCGGGCAUCCGAAACCUACAUGACGAAGGACAGCCAAACCUGUACCGCACCAUGCAACGUUACUGGGAGCGGGAGGCGCACCUCUUCCAAUGCUUCACCGCGGACGACAUAGCCGAUGUGGAGCGACAAUUCGCAGAUGCCAAAGUCCGUAUCCAGUUCUCCAUCAACCCGUCCCUCCAGCAUCCGGACGACCAACUCAGCAUCCUGAACUACCGACGCGAGAUCGAGGAUAUCUGUCAGGAACACUUCGGCCUUACCUUUCGAGGGGACCUCCUCGAACAUGGCCAGCAGCACCUCGGAGACCCCCUCCAACGCACCAUCCAGGUCAUGAUCUUCCAAUAUGCUGGUGUGCUCGACAACGGCCUCUCUUUCCACCAGCUUGAAUACCGCAACCCAUCCAAAAUCUCCCCUGGUGACCUCAUGGUCGCCCUCCGCGCCCUUGGGGCAACUGACGCCAUUGUCCAAAGCUACUCGGAUGUCCGGAACACAUGUCCCUCGCGACCACUGGGCGCCAUUGGCUGCAUUAACUGGCUAUCGGAAGGCCAAUACCGCUUCCGCCUCGUCUUUCUCAGCCAGAGCAUGGCAGAAACUAUAUACGCCAACUUCCGCGGGCACACGGCCGGUCCCAACCGACUGGAUCUAGCCACCAGUGCCGCCACACUUGUGGAUACCAAAUUCCGCAUUGCCCGCCUUCCCACCCCAGACGUCGAUAUCACAGGAGACGGCUAUGCCACCCUCACGUUUGACACUCCAGCACCCGUCGCCUUUCUCUGGUCCACCUCUGGCCCCCAUGGCGAGACCCGACUAUAUAUCCGUGACAUUGCAGUCCACCUACACAUCCUCACCGGGCGCCCCGCCUGGUCAACCCUGCGACCGCUUCACCUAUCCACCCCUCGCAGGUACCUACGCAGCCCCGACACGCGCACGCGCAGUACAAGUCGCCACCGCCACGCAGGACGACACACACGCUCCGUCCCCCUACACUCCGCCACGGAAGGCCCCCAACACCAAUCCCAGGCCUGGCAACUCCCACUUCAGCGCCACCCGCACCAGGCCCCCGGACACACCACAUACCUCAAUCUAUACCUCCGGCGUGAGCUCUCCACGUACGUGAACCAACGCAUCCUAUCGGCCACGACCCCACUUCGACAGGAGGUCGAGUCCCUCCGCGCUGACAAAGAAGCCCUGGCUGCACUUGUCUCUGCCUCCAGCGCUGCCUUCACCACUCGAGAAGCGCGCCUCCACGAGGAACGCCGCCUACGUGAAGCCGCGGAACUUCUCCAGGCCGAGGAAAACCGCUUACGUGCAGUGGCACACAUUCGCCUGAACACCGCGGUCACACAAUACGAGUCCCAACAGGCUGCCUUAGCUGCACGCCUCCCAUACCUCGAAUCUAACAUCCACACACUACUACAGGCAAUGCAGUCCGUAUCCUCCGAAAUGUCUGCCUUGGCAGGGCUCGGACCCCUACCCGCCACCCUCCCACCCAACGUGCCUGGUUAA